AUGACUGAUCAAGAACCAUUAGUUGAAAUAAACACCAAUCAAGUGUAUCAAAUACCGGAUACAUCUAUUAAUGUGCCAGUUAUAAACGUGACAAAUGAAUCAUCAUCAAUACCAACUGAAGUAACGACUCGAUCAAAUGCUGUUCCAAAAUUAUUAUAUCUUGAUGGUCUUCGUGGAAUACUUUGUUUAAUUGUUGUUUUUAGUCAUUGUUUAUUAAUGGGUAAGACAACUCAUGACGAGAGUUUUUCAAUUUUUUAUCGUCCAUGGAUGCAUCAUUCACCUUUACGUUUAUUGGUAUCUGGAGAAUUUGCUGUUGCUGGAUUUUUUGUAUUAUCUGGAUGUGUUCUUGUACGACGAUAUUUUGAACACUUUGAUGAUAAUAGUAUUUUAUUUAGUAGUUUAAUUCGUCGAUUUCCACGACUUUUUAUUCCAUCAACUAUUGCUCUAUUAUUCUAUUUUUCUAUAUUACAUUUUCGACCAUUCUAUGGUUUUAAUAUAUGUCAUGAAAUUGGUGAAGGUAGUGUAAAUGCAGAAAAAAUUCAUAUUGGAUAUGUUCUUUUAAAUACAUUUGGACAAUAUUUUUGGAUGCCAGCAUUAUAUACAAUACAAUGGACAAUGCAAAUUGAAUUUAUUGGUUCGAUUGUAAUCUAUUUAUUAGCAUUUUUAAUAACUCGAUCUUUUAUUUAUCGUUAUCGAAUAUUGUCCUACGUAUUUCUUAUACUUAUUUUGCCUAUAGUAUGGUUAGCUACUCAUGGAUCAGUUCCAAGAGCAGUUCAAUAUAUUCAACCAUUUAUAUUUGGACUUUUAUUAAGUGAUUUAGAUGCUAGUGGAUAUUUAAAUUUUUAUCAUUCAAUAAAACUACAUUGGUCAAUUUUAAUCAAUUUAAUUCUAAUAUUAUCAACAAUAUAUUUUGGUUCAUAUCCUGUAUUUAAUACAGAUGUAGUAGAUGGUAAACGAACAUUAUGGUCUCCAUUUGGUUGGAUGUUUGGUUGGUUUUGGAUUUCAUUUGGAGGUUUUUGUUUAAUACUAUUAUCAAUUCUAUCGAAAAAAUUUCAAUAUUUUUUAUCAACAAAAAUAAUUCAUUUUCUUGGUAAAAUCUCAUUUGGUAUUUAUCUUAUACAUUAUUUAAUUUUAUGUAUUAUUGAUACUUCAUUUGUUCAAUGGACAGCUCCACAUAUAGGUCGAGAUCUAGCUGUUAUUUUAGGAUUAAUUAUAUUUGCAUUACCAAUUAUUUUCUUACUUUCAUAUGGAUUUUAUUUAUUUGUUGAUGUUCCUGCUGUACAAAAUGCUGAUUGGCUUUAUUUUAUUAUUUGUAAUCGUUGUUUGAAAUUGACAAAACGUCCACGAACAAUAAAACGACAUGUAUGGAUUAUUCUUCUAAUUCUAUUUUUUAUUUCAAUUAUCAUAAGUUCAAUUCCAUCGUUACAAGUUAAUCAAAGAUGUGAUAAUGAUUCAUGGAAAAAUCGAACCUUAAAUAUAUCAAUAUAUAAUCAUCUUCUUAUGUAA